AAAGCAUGAAUCCACAAGGAAAAUUGAGAGAAAACGUUACAAAAUUGAUAAUAGUCCAGUUUGAGUUGGACCCUCGCUGGACACAGUCGUGUUAAAUAUGUCCAAAAUUGUUGUUCCAUUAAUAUUUACUUUUUGGAUGUAUUUCAUUCAAAGUGAAGUGGUGAAGCGCUCAGCAUGUGAAGUGAAUGAAAUGCAAGUGGAAUGCGCGCACUGCGGCCCAAAGACCUGUGAAGACCUUGGGUAUCCUAUCCCUUGCUCGGGCGCUACGGGGCUCUGCAAGCCGGAAUGUGUCUGCGUCGACGGCUAUGUCAGGGAAGCUGGGGGCGUGUGCAUUCCAAAGGCUGAAUGCCCCAGCUGCGGUGGCGACGCCAAUGCAACGGAAGGUUGCGGCAACCACUGCGGCAACACAUGUUCAGACCACCAGGAGGUCAACAAGACUUGCCUGACAGGUUGUCGGUACAACAGCUGUGAUUGCAAGACCGGAUAUGUCUACCAUGAACAACGGGGGAAAUGUGUCCUUCCUGUUGAUUGUUGAAUCGCGGAAAUCUGUAGAAGCGAAUGAUUCUGUGGAAAUGAAAUGCAAGACUGAAAAAUCUUAUAAUAAUGUAUUUGUUUGAAGAUAAAAAUUCUAAUUGA